GUUUCGGACCGAAAUCAUUCAAAACACACCGUCGUCGACUUUGCCGCAGAGCUGGAAAAAUAUUGCUGAAAUGAGAGCAGAGAUUGCAAAGGUUUAAAAAGACGGAAAAUUUUAAAUUAAUUGUGAAAAUACGCCGGAAAAACUUACCACCAUGGAUGACAACGACGAGCUGGAGUACGUGGAGGAGGAUUACUACGCGUUCCUGAACGUGCCACGCAACGCUUCGCAGGAGGAGAUUAGCGCCGCGUACCGGACGUUUAGCCGGAUGUACCACCCUGACAAGCACCUUGAUGUGGAGAAUAAGGGCAAGGCCGAGGAGAUGUUCAAUCGGACGAAAAAUGCGUACGAGGUGCUGUCGGAUCCGCACCAGCGGGCCAUUUAUGACUCGUUGGGGAACAAGGGCCUUCAGACGGAGGGUUGGGAGUUGAUCCACAGGACGCGGACACCGGCGGAGAUUCGCGAGGAGUAUGAGAGGCUUGCGAGGGAACGGGAGGAGCGGAGGAUGCAGCAGAAGACGAACCCGCGGGGGAACAUUACCGUUAACAUAAAUGCCACGGAGAUCUUUAGCCGGUACGAGGACGAGUACGACGACGGGAGUCUGUUUCCGGCGAUUGAGGUGUCGGGCAUGAGCAUGUCGCAGUCGAUUGAGGCGCCGCUGUCGAGGACGGACACGGCGACGUUGUCGGGAAAUCUGCAGCUUCAGAACGGGGUUGGCGGCGGGAACUUCCUGCUGUCGGGGAGGCGCCUCAUCAACAAGGGCUGGUUCGAGGUGGAUUGCGGCGCCGGAAGCGGGCCCGUGCUGGGGUUGAAGGGAUCGAGGAACUUGACUAACCGGGUGUUUUUGAACGGCGGCACGACGGUUAACUUUAGACAGAAUGCAAUCAUUCCCGGAAUUGCUGGCACGUUAGCCAUUCAGCUCGACAAGCACACGGUGGGCUAUUUGACGUACAACGCUGGUCUGCAGAGCUCGAUGACGACCACGAUCGAGCACAACACGGAUCGGUACCAUUGUAACGCAAGUGCCACGUUGGGCAUUCCGCACUGCUACAUCACUGCCAGCUACACGCGCAAGCUAGUCGAGCAGCAGCUUAAGCUGCGGGUGGCGUUGAAAGGUGGAACGUUCGGCUUCCUCGCAGAGUACGGUGCGGAAAAGAAGGUCUCCAAGUACAGUUCCAUUGUCGCAACGGUCAGCUGCGGCGUGCCAACCGGUGUCACCCUGAAAAUCAAAAUAAUUCGCUCCACGCAGACGUACCUGUUUCCGAUCCACCUGAGCGAGGAAAUCAUCCCGGCGGCCGUCUUCUACGCCACGGUGACCCCCCUGCUAACCUACUUCAUCCUCAAGAAGACGCUGAUCGACCCGAUGAACGAGGCCGCCAAGCAGCGCAACAUCGAAAAGGUCAAGGAGACGAACCGGGCGCGGAUGGCGGAGAAGCGUCGGGGCGCGGAGUCGGCGAUCGCCCUGAUGGGUGCCAUGUACGAGCGGAUCCGCACCGAGGAGCAAGGGCGCCAGGGUUUGAUCAUCGUGGCCGCGCUGUACGGCAAGUUUGGACCGGACGAGAACGUGACGGCGGAGCAGCGCGACGAGAUGGGCUUCAUUCAGCACAAUCCGAACGUGAUUGACGUGAAGGUGCCGCUGCAGUGUUUGGUGAAGGACGCGCGGUUGAACGUGUACGGGAAGACGAAGAGCGAACUGCCGGGCUUUUACGACCCGUGCUUUGGCGAGGACAAGCUGCUGCGCGUAGACUACGAGUUUCGGGGCCAGUCGUACAGCAUAACGGUGGCGGACAACGAAGACCUGUCGAUACCGGCCAGUGCAAACGGAACGGCUCAGAACUAAAGUUAUCUUAGCGCAAACCAGCUUCCAAAAAUAAAACCUUGAGUGUCGCAUGGCCGGGAAUUGAGUCAACCAAAAUAGGCAGUGCAUUUUUUGUUUUUGCUUUUUUGUGGAAGUAAAAUAUGAGGAAAAUUGAGUUGUUUUAGUAGAUGAAACUCGACAAAGUAGUGUUGUUGGUGCCGAACGAAAUAGAAAUGUUAUAUGACGAACAUCGUU